AUGAAGUUAUACGCGGCACUGCUUCUCGCACUAUGUCAACUACAACAGGCACAGGCAUCUAAUCAGGCUCAUCUUCAAAAACUUGUCGGAUCGCAUGUAAUUUACUCUUAUAAUGGGCCAACUCCUCCACCGGAGCUACAAACCCUCAUCGAACAAGGUGUCGUGGGUGGAGUCAUCCUCUUUGGUGGCAAUGUCAACAGCGACCUUCCGGCAUUGAUCGAAUCGUGGCAGACAGCUUACGCUAACAGCCCGGCCUAUCUCGGAUCUCCUUUGCUUAUUAUGACUGACCAGGAAGGUGGAAAAGUUCGCCGACUACCUGGAGGACCGAUUGAUUCUGAAAAGGUGGUUGGACAGUCAACCGAUCCCGAGCAAGCAGCCUCACAGGCGGGCUCGGACGCUGCAUCAGCAUUGGCAGCGUAUAACAUAAAUACGAAUCUUGCUCCAGUUUUGGAUGUGUUCCGCACUCCGGGUGACUUUGAUGACCGGUUCGGAAGAUCCUACAGCAACAAUGCAACUUUAGCUGGCAUCUGUGGUGGCGCGUUCACGACCGCGCAGCAGGGUGCAGGGUACAUUGCAACAGCCAAACAUUUCCCCGGCUUGGGAACUGCGUCUACGUAUGAAAAUACCGAUGAGGUUCCUGUGACUUUGAAUGUAACAAUCGAAGAGAUCAGGGCUGUUGAUGAGUUGCCAUACCACAAUGCUAUCGCAGCUGGAAUUGACAUGGUGAUGCCCUCAUGGGCAUUGUACCCCGAUUUCGACGACAAAUAUCCUUCCGGUCUAAGCGAGAAGUGGUUGAAACAGGAGCUUCGUGGCCGAUUGGGAUUCCGAGGAGUCACGAUUAGUGAUGCAAUUGAAGCUGGAGCAUUGACAGCUUUCGGCUCGGAUUCAGAACGCGCAGUGCUGGCGAGUGGUGCCGGUAUGGAUAUCAUUCUCGCUGCAGCUCAGAAUGUCACUCAGGGUCAGACAAUUGUUAACGCUUUGGUCGACGCAUUGAACAGUGGAGCUCUGAAUAGGGGAGAGUUUGAACAAUCAACUCAAAGGAUUCUUCGACUACGCAAAAACUCAAAGGAAAAGGGUCAUAUCAAUAAAAAUGCAAAGGGUCCAUCCAUUUUCUUUCCCAUAUUUGCACUUCUCACCGCUGAGUCAAUUUUUGCCAAAACAGUUCUCCUUUAA